GUCAGUCGUCCAAGUGGUAUGGUCCAAUACAAUGUAAUUAUAUGUAAUUACGUGUGAGCGUUUUAUUGGUUCAGUAAAACUUUUCGAAAAUUUCUAGAUAAUGUAAAAAUACAUAAAUUAUUAGUAUUUUAGAUACCUACAAAGACAUUGCUAAUAAGUAGUAUUUGUAAUAUCAACAUUUGUAAUAAUAUUUGUAAAUGUCAAGUUUAUCGUGAUGAGAUAAAACUCAAAUCUUUGCAAACGUUAAGUACCUGCCUAUUUAUAAUUGGAAAUUAAGAAAAGUUGAGCUGAAAAUGUUUGCAAUGCUUUGCAAUAUAGUUAAUUAACUAAAAGUUUCGUCUACUAAUUACAAGAAGGAAGAACAAAAAAAUAUGCAUUAUUGUGCAGGUUUGGUCAUUUUGCUGUUUGGCUGCAUUAUUUGUCACAAUAUUGAAGGAUUUGAUGAUUCGAUAUUGUACGAUAUUUCUUGGGUGUCUAAAGAUAAUAAUAAGCCGGAGUAUGCCAAUUUAGAGUACAUGAUAGUGACUUCUUCACAAAAAGAAAAAUACAAAUGUAUGCUGCCACAUAUUCAAGAGAAAGAACCGAAUGUAUCCAAUAGCUACGAUGGUCCAACGCCUUUAGAGUUAAUAUCACCACUGUUUACUCAAACUGCUUGCUCUUUUAGAUUGGAAUCAUACUGGACCUAUGAAGUUUGUCAUGGUAGAUUUGUUCGUCAAUAUCAUGAAGAUAGAGAAGGAAAAAAGGUAAAAAUUCAGGAGUAUAUUCUUGGAAAAUGGGAGAAAAACCAGUAUAGCACUUUGUUGGAACAACAGAAGAAUUUAGAAAUAGAUAAAGUUCCAGUUAAAAAAGUAGAUGGGGUGAGUUUACCUUACUUUGAAAUUACAAUGGGAAAUGGGACAUUAUGUGAAUUGAAUCAAAACAAGCCCAGAGAAACCAAAGUUUUAUAUCUGUGCUAUGCUCAUGGAAAGCAUGAAAUUUACUCACUGAAAGAAAUUUCCACUUGUGUUUAUGAAAUAAUUGUAUUGUCUCCAUUGCUUUGUGCCCAUCCAAAAUACAAACCGCAAGAAUCAGGUGAACAUUCUAUUGACUGUAUGCCUUUAGAUGAUAGCCCUACCAAACCAAGAGAAUUGUUAAAGAUAAAGGCUGAAAGCAACAAAUUUAGAAGAAAAGCUGAUAUGGACAGAAUAAGACUUGAAUUUCAUCCAAUUGAUUUAAACAGAAAAGAAGAAACUACUCCUUCCAAAACUCCAUUAGAUGUUUCACCAGUAGAAAGUUUCUUAGCAGGAAAAACUUGUCUUAACGGUGGAACUGGAUGGUGGAGUUAUGAAUUUUGUUAUGGAAAAUCAGUAGAACAGUAUCAUUUACAUAAAGAUGGCAGCAAAAUUUCAAUCAAAUUGGGCUAUUUUGAUAAGAGCAAACAUCUGCAAUGGUUAUCCUUACAUCCCCAUAAAAAACCAAAACCAGUAGGCCAGAGAACACAGUUGUCUCAUUUUUACUCUGGAGGAGAUGUAUGUGAUAAGACUGGUAAACCACGUCAAACAGAAGUCAAACUGAAGUGCUCACAAAAUGCUAAAACAAGUGCAGUUUCUUUAUAUUUAUUAGAACCUAGAUAUUGUGAAUAUAUAUUGGGUGUAGAAUCACCUCUUAUUUGUAAAAUUUUAGAUUUAGCUGAUGAGAAUGGACUUAUUGAAAAUGUUGCUGAAAAUGAUAUUGCUAAUGAAGAUUCAACUGUAACAAUAAUAAGGGUGUGAAGCUAUAAAAGUGUAAUUAAUACUUAUUAUGAAACAACGCAGUUUAAAUAAAUCCAAAGGAUAUAAAAAUAUUUUCAAAAUUAAUACUUAAGAAUUCUGAGAAGAUGACUUUGAAAUGAAAUAUCACAUUUACAAUAAGUAAACUUCUUUGGGUGACUUAUAGGUCAGCCAUUGCAAAUUGUACAUUCAAUUAAUUAUUUUCCUAAUUGCAAUAUAUGUGCAACUCGAGUUUCACACUUCUAAUAAUUAUCUCACUGUGCAAUUUAUUAAGGAAAUAAUCAUUAUAUUUCAAUGAAUUUGUCUCACUUUUAUGUGUAUAGUGGUAUAAUCAUCUACGUUAAAAAUUUGUAUACAUAAUUCAUUCUUUUUCGAAUUUCAAAUAAAUUCACCCUACUUA